AUGUCCACUGCAGCUGAGCAGAACUCGGCGCAACCGCAAGUCGGUGCUCCUGUGAGCACAACGCCGCCAAACCAGCCGCAAGCACUCCCACCUGCUGUGUCUGCCGCGACCUCGAGCGCGACGGGCGACUCGCUUACAUGCCAGUGGGCCAACUGCGGCGAGCGAUGCGCGACCCCAGAGCAACUCUAUGAUCAUGUUUGCGAGCGUCACGUCGGUCGCAAAAGCACCAAUAAUUUGAACUUGACCUGUCAAUGGGGCAACUGCCGCACGACGACAGUCAAGCGCGAUCACAUCACCUCGCACAUCCGCGUCCACGUCCCGCUGAAGCCGCACAAGUGCGACUUCUGUGGAAAGGCUUUCAAACGCCCUCAGGACUUGAAGAAGCACGUGAAGACUCACGCUGAUGACUCUGUUCUGCUCCGAUCGCCCGAACCAAACCGAGCCCAGCAUGCUGGAAACCAAGGUGGCUAUCCGCCCAACAGCGGCAAACUUGUCGCUGACUUGCAGGCUGUUGCUGCUACAGCGAGUGGAUACUACCCAGACAACAAUCUAGGACCCAAUCCAGGCUAUGGCCAUCAGAAUGGCAGCGGUCCGGCGGCCUACUACGGCUCCGCACCGCAGAACUCUACCUACGGUCCGGUUUACUAUGCAGUAAACCCAGCCGCAGCCCUCAGCAACGACUCGUAUGAGAUCCGGAAGCGUGCUGCCAUGGACGCGCUUAAUGAGUUCUUCGGCGACGCCAAACGUCGAGCUAUUGACCCGUCCACUUAUUAUGACGUGGGUCAGCGUCUCAUGGCUCUCCAAGGCCUCAGCCUACCUGGCAUGCCUAUGAUGGGCGGCUACCAUAACGGCGGCUAUGGAGGCGGUGCGGCCGACUAUGGAUCUGGCCCUACGUUGGCUUCACCGGCUGUCCAUGGACCUAUUCCUCAGCACCAAUAUUCGCUUCCCCUUCCCAACUUGAGGACCAAAAGCGAUCUCGUCAACAUCGACCAGUUCCUUGAGCAGCUUCAGGCUACCGUAUACGAAAACUCGAACCACGCUGCUGCGGCCGGAGUUGCUCAGGCUGGAUCGCACUACAUCCACCCAGCCUUGAACAGCAACUAUCGCUCGAGUAACUCUCCACCGGGAAUGAUGCAAUCGUCCCAGCCCGGCGCGGCCGCUUCUCUCCCAACGCCGUCGUCUGCUGAUACGCCUGCAUUGACGCCUGCGUCGAGCGUGAUGUCGUACGGUUCUGCGCACUCGCCGAACUCCGUCCACUCUGCCCACACCAUCUCCCCAAUCUCGAGACCGAGCAUUGGCAGCAUGUACCCAACACUCCCGUCCGUCAGCUCAAUCUCGGACAUCUCUGGAGCAUAUCCCGCGACCACCAGUGCAUCGACUUCUGGUCUUGCAUCGUAUGAUCCGAACGACCGCCGCCACUACUCCAACCCUAUGCUUCAAAAGGCGCGCGUCAUCCGCAACCAGGACAGGAUGGAGACAGACGAUUCACCGUCACCUGAAGAUUCGCCCCGUGGUUCCACUGACGCUAAGAUGGCGAUGAGCCCUCCACACACGGAGGUGGCUCCCACCCCGACCGUCAAGUCUCCCGCUUCGAACUCGCACUCGCCUGCUGGCAUGGCAGAGAAGGCGCAAGAGUCGUGGGUUGAGAACAUUCGCGUCAUUGAGGCUUUGCGAUCAAUGGUUAAGGAGAAGCUGGACCAUGGUGAGUUUGAAGAGGAUUCUCACCCGAGGGCAGAAUCACCGAGGGACAACAGGGAGAUGACGGAUGUGGAUCUGUAUCCUGUCUUGCGAGCUGUGCGGGAUGGCGAGUAG